AUGACGGCCAUGAGUGCACACGCCACACGGCCGUCUCGAGUGGAUUCUGAUGGCAAGCAGCACGUCUUCCGUACUGAUGUAUUCCACACAUUCCCGGCGAGUAACUAUUGCCCUUCCGAAUCGACCCCGCUCCGCUUUUUCCAAGAACAAGGCCAACGCGUCUCGUACUUCUUGAACUCUGACACUCUAUCAAUAUGCUCAACGACGGCAGCGAACUGUAUACACAGGGGUAUUUGA